AUGGCUGGGAAUGAAUGGAUUAAUGGGUACCUGGAGGCUAUAUUGUCCACUGGGGCUUCCACCAUUGAUGAACAAACUUCACCUGUGACUCUGAGAGAUGGUGGCCAUUUUAAUCCCACAAAGUAUUUUGUGGAAGAGGUGGUGACAAGUGUUGAUGAGUCUGACUUGUACCGCACUUGGAUCAAGGUGGUUGCUACCAGGAACACCAGAGAGAGAAGUUCAAGGUUGGAGAACAUGUGCUGGCGUAUUUGGCAUCUUACUCGCAAGAAGAAGCAGUUGGAGUGGGAGGAAGUGCAGAGGCUGGCUAACCGAAGAUGGGAGAGAGAACAAGGACGCAGGGAUGCAACAGAGGACAUGUCUGAAGACUUGUCAGAAGGAGAAAAGGGUGAUAAUAUUGGGGAGAUGGUGCAAAGUGAGACCCCAAGGAAAAGAAUCCAGCGUCAGAUAUCUAACUUGGAAGUAUGGUCUGAUGACAAAAAGGAAAAGAAGCUUUAUAUUGUCCUCUUAAGUUUGCAUGGAUUGGUUAGAGGAGAAAACAUGGAGCUUGGUCGAGAUUCUGAUACUGGUGGGCAGAUUAAAUAUGUGGUAGAACUUGCUCGUGCACUUGCAAAAAUGCCUGGAGUAUAUAGAGUAGAUCUGUUUACGCGCCAAAUCUCAUCGCCUGAAAUUGAUUGGAGCUAUGGAGAACCUACAGAAAUGUUAACAGCUGGUGCAGAUGAUGAUGAUAGCAGUGGGGAGAGCAGUGGUGCAUAUAUCAUAAGAAUACCCUUUGGUCCACGUGAUAAAUAUCUCCAAAAAGAACUUCUUUGGCCUUAUAUACAUGAAUUUGUAGAUGGAGCAUUAGCUCACAUUCUCAACAUGUCAAAAGUAUUGGGUGAACAAGUUGGUGGAGGCCAACCUGUGUGGCCAUAUGUGAUUCAUGGACAUUAUGCUGAUGCUGGAGAUAGUGCAGCUCUUCUUUCAGGUGCUUUGAAUGUACCAAUGGUGCUGACAGGUCAUUCACUUGGUAGAAACAAGCUUGAACAACUUCUUAAGCAAGGACGCCAAUCAAAGGAGGAUAUCAAUUCAACAUAUAAGAUGAUGAGGAGGAUAGAAGCAGAAGAACUUUCCCUAGAUGCUGCUGAACUUGUUGUCACUAGCACAAAACAAGAAAUUGAGGAGCAGUGGGGACUUUAUGAUGGAUUUGAUGUCAAGCUUGAAAAAGUGUUGCGUGCUCGUGCUAGACGCGGUGUUAACUGUCAUGGUCGAUACAUGCCAAGGAUGGCGGUUAUCCCCCCCGGUAUGGACUUUAGCAAUGUUGUGAUCCAAGAAGAUGGCCCUGAUGUUGAUGGAGAGCUUGCUCAGCUUACUGGUGGGGUUGAAGGGUCUUCACCGAAAGCAAUGCCUCAAAUUUGGUCAGAAGUGAUGCGUUUCUUUACAAAUCCUCACAAGCCUGUGAUCUUGGCUUUAUCAAGACCAGAUCCAAAGAAGAACCUAACCACUCUUUUAAAAGCCUUUGGUGAAAGCCGUUCCUUAAGAGAACUUGCUAAUCUUACGCUUAUAAUGGGAAACAGGGAUGACAUAGAUGAGAUGUCUUCUGGGAAUGCUAGUAUGCUCACAACAGUGUUAAAAAUGAUUGAUAAGUACGACCUGUAUGGACAAGUAGCAUACCCUAAACAUCACAAGCAAUCUGAUGUUCCAGAGAUAUACCGAUUUGCCGCAAAAACCAAGGGUGUUUUCAUAAAUCCUGCUUUAGUGGAACCUUUUGGUCUUACUUUAAUUGAGGCAGCAGCUCAUGGGCUUCCAAUGGUGGCCACUAAAAAUGGGGGACCAGUGGAUAUUCAUCGGGCCCUCAACAAUGGUUUGCUUGUCGACCCUCAUGAUCACAAAGCAAUUACUAAUGCAUUGCUCAAGUUAUUGUCAGAGAAGAACCUGUGGCAUGAGUGCAGGAAAAAUGGUUGGAAGAACAUACACCUUUUCUCGUGGCCUGAACACUGUCGUACUUAUUUGACUCGGGUGGCAGCUUGCCGGAUGAGGCAUCCACAAUGGCAAACUAAUACUCAAGGGGAUGAUAUAACUGGUAGAGAGUCUUUCGAUGAUUCACUUAUGGAUGUUCAGGACAUGUCCCUUAGGCUUUCCAUUGAUGCUGACUUGGCCGCAGCAAGUUCUGGGACUGAUACGCAAGACCAAGUGAAGCGGGUCUUAAGCAAGAUGAGAAAGCCAGAUUUGGGAUCAAAUGACACUGAUGGUGGAAAUAAGCUUCCUGACAAUGUAACUGGAAAAUAUCCUCUAUUAAGGAGAAGACGUAGGUUGAUUGUUAUAGCACUUGAUUUCUAUGACAACAAUGGAGCUCCUGAUAAGAAGAUGAUCCAGAUAGUGCAAAGGAUCAUUAAAGCUGUUCAACUAGAUCAUCAAACUGCCAGAGUUUCGGGAUUUGCUUUAUCAACAGCUAUGCCAAUGAAAGAGAUAAUAGAGCUCCUUAAAUCAGGAAAUAUUCAAGUAAAUGAUUUUGAUGCUAUAAUUUGCAGUAGCGGGAGUGAAGUUUACUACCCUGGUACUUAUACAGAAGAUGGAAAGCUUUUGCCUGAUCCAGAUUAUACAGCACAUAUUGACUAUCGUUGGGGUUAUGAAGGUCUAAAGAAAACCCUUUGGAAUCUUAUGAAGACAUCUGAAGGUGAAGAAAAACCUUCCAGCCCCGUUGAGGAAGAUUUGAAAUCAAGCAAUGCCCAUUGCAUCUCAUACAAAAUAAAGGAUCUUGCUAAGGCAAGGAAGGUUGAUGACUUGAGACAGAAGCUUAGGAUGCGAGGGCUACGUUGUCAUCCUAUGUACUGUAGGGGAUCAUCUAGCAUGCAGGUUAUUCCACUCCUUGCAUCUAGAGCACAGGCACUCAGGUAUCUCUUUGUCCGUUGGAGACUGAAUGUUGCAAACAUGUAUAUCAUUGUUGGAGAAACUGGGGAUACUGAUUAUGAGGAAUUGAUUUCUGGAACUCACAAGACCAUUAUCAUGAAGGGGGUUGUUUCUAAGGGUUCAGAAGAAUUGCUUAGAGGUCCAGCAAGUUACCAAAGAGAAGAUGUUGUGCCGAAUGAAAGUCCUCUUGUUGCAUACAUUAGUGAAACAACUGAGGACAAGAUUGCUAAUGCUUUGAAGGAACUAUCUAGGGUAAUGUGA